GACCUAAUUUGUACAUGCGCUCAAGUCUGUCAUUCGUCUACACACCAUCCAAAGGAGAUGAUCGUCACCACCGUGUUCAUAUACAUCAUCGUUUUUCAGUUGCUAUUUUUCCAUUUGAUUUCUUUUCCGUUGCUGGCAAUCCAAUCCGAAAAGCAAAGAGCGGAACUCAAACUGGACGCUAUAUUGGCAAAAAUGGAUGUCCCCAUCAUCCCCUGCAAUGUAACAGGAGUUAACUGUGGGGCCUGCAAAAACGUAACGGACGAUGGCGGUAUGAUAGAAUCUCCACAUUUUCCAGAGCCAUACGCUUCGAAUUUGAAUUGUCUAUUUACAAUUAACGCACCUUACGAAAUGAAAAUUAAAUUAACAUUUACAGAAUUUAAAGUGGAUGAUUGCUGCGACUUUAUCACCGUAUUCGAUGAAUCGGCCAAUUUAAUUCAAUCAAGUUUAAAUGGAAGCGAGACACCAACGACCGUGACAUCUCCCUCCAAUCAGAUGACAAUCAAGUUCACUUCACAUGUUAAUAACACAACGAGACUUGAUCCACCAGGGCCUGCUACGCGGUGGCAGGCAACCUAUACCUUUAUGUAAAUUUGAAGCCUGCGCGCUACUGAGAAAAACGACGUCCGU